AUGGCACCAGAGGUUCACCCCAUCCAGGGGUUUCCGGAAUCAACGCAAACUGUCUCUGUUUCCUUGAUUGAUUGUGGUGCUCGCCUAGAUCUUCCCGCAGAACACUUCCUAUUUCCAAACAUAGAAGGGCACGAGCGCCUUCGAAUCCCUUCAUAUUCAUUUCUAAUAACCCACCCAUCAAAAGGUCGGCUACUAUUCGAUCUAUCCCUACGAAAGGACAUUCAGAAUCUGGCCCCAGUUGUCGCAAAUCGAAUAAACAACCCAAAUGUCGGAUGGAAAGUGUCAGUUCCCAAGGACGUGCCGGAUACACUGAUCGCGAAUGGAAUUCAACUAAGCGAGAUCAAAACUAUCUUUUGGUCUCAUCAGCACUUUGAGCAUCUCGGCAAUCCAUGCAAAUUCCCGAGCAGCACAGAGUUGGUUGUUGGUCCGGGAUUCACGCAGGCAUAUACCCCAGGGUAUCCGGAUAAUCCGGAGUCGCCAGUGAAGGCGGCUGAUUUGAAAGAGCGUCGAGUGAAUGAACUCGAUUUCAACAAUGGCCGAGAGGCUAUUUCUAUCGGCCGCUUCAAAGCUUUUGACUGGUUCGAAGAUGGGAGUUUCUAUCUACUAGAUGUUCCGGGUCAUGCGGCUGGUCAUAUCUGUGGCUUUGCUCGUGUAAAGCCUGAUUCUUUUAUCUUAAUGGGCGGGGAUUGUGCCCAUCAUCCCGGAAAAUUUCGGCCUUCGAAGAUUGCCCCCAUCCCGAAGGAUCUUAUUCCCCUGCAUGUAGCGGCGCAUUCAAAACAGGCGACCGUAUCCCCAGGGAACAUUGCUGAGAAGAUCAAAACGCAGUCUGGCAUCGAGCGGUCACCAAUCUAUAAGGCUGCUGAAUUGUUUACUUACGAGAUGCCGAAACAGAAGUGGAGUCUCCAAGGCAUCCAAGAACUUGACGCCUGUGAAAAUGUGCUUGUGAUAAUAGCUCACGACGGCGCAGGCAAAUGGAAAACAAUCAUCCUUCCUUUUCCCAAGGGGGAAUUGAACGAAUGGCAGGAUAAUGACAUCAAGGAGGCCAUUAAGUGGCAUUUCUUGUCUGAUCUGGCAAUUCGUUCUUGA